GCGGAACAGGCGCCGCGACGCAAUCGGCCAACUGAAGGCCGCAGAUGCGCAGUUUUUUUCUAAAUUUCAGUCCGCACCAAAUUUUUGUAGCUUUGUAUCAAUUUACAAUUAUUUUUUAACAUCUUUUUAAAACAGAUUUGGAUAAAUUUUUAGUGUUCAAAAUGAGGGAGUGCAUCUCGGUGCACGUGGGGCAGGCGGGGGUGCAAAUGGGCGUGGCGUGCUGGCAGCUGUACUGCCUGGAGCACGGCAUCCGGCCCGACGGCACACUGCCCGCGGCCGAGGCGGACGCCGGUACCGACUCCUGCUUCAAUACCUUCUUCUCGGAGGCGGACCGCGGCAAGAUGGUGCCGCGGGUCGUGAUGGUCGACCUCGAGGCCACGGUCAUAGACGAGGUGCGCACGGGCGAGUACCGGCAACUGUACCACCCCGAGCAGCUUAUCACGGGCAAGGAAGAUGCGGCUAACAACUACGCGCGCGGCCACUACUCCACCGGCCGCGACAUCCUUGAGCCCGUCAUGGAGCGCGUGCGCAAGCUCGCCGACCAGUGCACCGGCCUGCAGGGCUUCUUCGUGUUCCAUUCGUUCGGCGGUGGCACGGGCUCGGGCUUCACGUCACUGCUCAUGGAGAAGCUGUCGGACGAGUUUGGGAAGAAGAGCAAGCUGGAGUUCGCAAUCUACCCCGCGCCGCAGGUGUCGACGGCGGUGGUGGAGCCGUACAACGCGGUGCUGACGACGCACGCGACGGUGGCGCACUCGGACUGUGCCUUCAUGGUGGACAACGAGGCCAUCUACGAUAUCUGCCGGCGGCGCCUCUCCAUCGAGCGCCCCUCCUACGCCAAUCUUAACAGGCUCAUAUCUCAGGUGGUGUCAUCGAUCACGGCGUCACUGCGUUUCGACGGCGCCCUGAACGUGGACCUGACAGAGUUCCAGACCAACCUAGUGCCGUACCCCCGGAUCCACUUCCCGUUGGCCGCAUACGCGCCCGUGGUGUCCGCGGACAAGGCUUAUCACGAGGGCAUGUCAGUGUCGGAGAUCACGUCUGAGCUGUUCGAGCCCCAGAACCAGAUGGUGAAGUGCGACCCGCGCGAGGGCAAGUACAUGGCGUGCUGCUUGCUGUACCGCGGCGAUGUCGUUCCCAAGGACGUGAACGCCGCCAUCGCCAGCAUGAAAGGGCGCGCCGGCAUCCGCUUCGUCGACUGGUGCCCCACCGGAUUUAAGGUGGGUAUCAACUACCAGCCGCCGUCGGUGGUGUGCGGCGGCGAUCUGGCGCAGGUGAAGCGCGCCGCCUCCAUGUUGAGCAACACGACCGCCAUAGCCGAGGCCUGGGGCAAGCUCGACCACAAGUUCGACCUGAUGUACGCCAAGCGCGCCUUCGUGCACUGGUAUGUAGGCGAAGGUAUGGAGGAAGGGGAGUUCUCAGAGGCUCGCGAAGAUUUGGCGGCGUUGGAGCGCGACUAUGACGAGGUCGCCGUCGAGAGCUCCGAGCUGGAGACCGGUGACGACGAGUUGUGACGUGCCGCGUCCGACGACCGCCGCCCGUGCAUACUGCGCAUCCCACUCUGCACGCGCACCGUACCCAAUACCCAGCACCCGUAUGCAUCUCGCACCUCGCACCCCGCACCCUGCACCCUGCACCCUGCACCCCACACGCGCCCCGCACCCCGCGUCCCGCACCGACGUCUAUCUAGCCACUGGUCUUGGGAAACUUGCUCGCUCGCAACGUUGUCCAGUCUAGUUUUUGCAAUUUUUCUGUGGACACAAGUUGCUGACACAUCGCGCUGUUUGUGUAUGUAAUGA